AAAGCCAAUCUCCAGUUCCUGAUCUCCCAAAAUUCGCUUCUCUAUUCGUUUUGCCCCCACCAAAUAAAUUUUAGAUUCUAUUAAUUUUUAAUUCUGAUUUUUAUUUGUUUUUUUAGUUUUGGUUUCAGAACUUGAAUAUAUACAUCCUUCCUCAUCAUCGUUUGAGCUUCCCAGUAUUGGAACAGAAAAAAAACCUAAAAAAGAAGAAGCCACAGAAAAAGAAAGAAAGAAAUCUUUGGGAGACCCCUCUUUUUCUCUUUGCAUGGUUGUUCCUCAUCGUUUCCACAUAUAGCUAAGAGUGAUUCAAUUCGUUUUCCUCUUCAGUGAACAUCGAUCGUGCGUUAUUAAUAUAGGUGGAUCCUUUGAGUUUGCUGAAAUUUUUUAGUUACGAGGGAAGAAGAAGAUCUUAUGAGACGUCUAAUCUCUCAUUGAAGAAAACGUUGCUGGUCUUUUAUAUCAUUAGGCAGAGCAGAUGGAUGAAAACAGUGCGGCAAAGUUAAGCGGAAUCAGGCAGAUCGUGAGGCUAAAGGAGAUUCUGCAAAAAUGGCAAACUGCAACUAUAGGUCCCGAGUCAGAUAUCGCUCCAUUGGAAGCUGGAAAGCAAGCGGCGGCAAUGAUCUCACCGGUUAUCAACAAGAGGCUAUUUGCCGUCAAGAAUUGUGACUCGGAUGAGGAAAACUGUCAAAGCCCUGAGCCUCCCGCUGAUGUUCCCAAAGGGUAUCUUGCGGUUUAUGUUGGACCGGAGUUAAGGAGGUUUAUCAUACCGACAACCUAUCUUAGCCACUCUUUGUUCAAGGUGUUGCUCGAGAAGGCAGAGGAAGAGUUUGGGUUUGAUCAGAGCGGUGCGCUCACCAUCCCUUGCGAGGUUGAGACUUUCAAGUUCUUAAUUAAAUGCAUGGAGAACAAUCCUAAAGAUUAUCACCCUGACGACAGUCCCGCUGAGGAUGAUGCAGUAGCAGCAAAUGAAGACUAAAUACAAAUCAAAUGCUGAAUAACUCUUAAAAACUUUUCUUUUGUUAUUAUGGUUAUUGUUAUCCUUUAUUAUUAUUUUUAAUCAUAUGGGAAUUGUUAGGGCUCAUUACUCUGGGGUGUAAUUGUAAAAUCAGACUAUCUUUGUAUUUUCCUGGUUCUUAUUUUCUUCUCCAUUAUUUUUCAAGGAGGGAUUUAAGUUUU